CAUUUUAUAAUUUACUAUACUGUCUAACCUCUGGGGAUUUGCCUUAACCUCCCUCCCUCCACCCCUAAGUCGUUUCUAUCUUUCUAGAGGCAACGCGAAUGAUUAGGAAUUAAGCUAUAUUCACGUACCAAACGACGCCGUCCCACUCGCCUCUUGUCAGAAUAUUAACAACAACGCAAGCUCGUAACCGAAUCAAUUCCUACAAUACAACAAACCGACACAUUUAACCCGAAGAAGCUCUUACAAACUGCUAUUUCAUUGACUCAGAGAGAGAGAGAGAGAGAGACAGAGGGAGAAACACCAGAGCAUUAAUGGCGACGACUGGAGAGAAGCAAGUGAUGGUGAUCGGGGCCGACGAGAGCGAGCAGAGCACUUACGCUCUGGAAUGGACUCUGGACCACUUCUUCGCACCCUUCGGUCCCACGUCUCCGUUCAAGCUCGUCAUCGUCCACGCCAAGUCCAUGCCUUCCGCCGUCGUUGGCCUCGCCGGCCCUGGAGCGGCGGAGGUUUUACCAAUUGUGGAUGCUGAUUUGAAGAGGAUGGCUGCCCGCGUUGCUGACAAGGCUAAGCAACUUUGCGCUACCAAAUCGGUGACUGAUGUCACUGUGGAGUUGGUGGAAGGAGAUGCUAGGAAUGUUCUCUGUGACGCUGUUGAAAGGCACCAGGCAUCCGUCUUGGUUGUCGGUAGUCAUGGCUACGGAGCCAUAAAAAGGGCGGUUCUUGGAAGCGUAAGUGACUAUUGUGCUCAUCACGCUCACUGCAGCGUGAUGAUUGUGAAGAAGCCUAAAACAAAACAUUGAGCUGAGUGAGCCUCCUCCUAUCUAUGGCUUCAGUUAAGCAUGGCGUUUCGUGGUGGCAGUAUUACGAUACUUAUAAUAAAUUCGACCAUUUGUGAGUUGUAAGGUUAUAUACUAGUGGUUAUAGUUUGAAUGUUCGAACUUCAAAGUAUGGUGUGUAUUAUUGUAAGGUACAAAGUUGAAGCUUAAACUUUGGUAUAGCGAGUGAUGUAUCCGUAUAUCAAAGUUGGAUUAGUGAAGUUGUAUGAUAUAAGUUAUGACGCAGACUUUUUCCCCCAUUCCCUUCAUUAUAUUUCAUUCA